AGAAUUCACACUGGAGAGAAACCCUAUGUAUGUAAGCAAUGUGGGAAAGCUUUUAACACACGGGGAGGUUGUAAGAGACAUGAAAGAAUUCACACUGGAGAGAAACCCUAUGUAUGUAAGCAAUGUGGGAAUGCUUUUAAAACACAAGGAGAUUGUAAGCAACAUGAAAGAAUUCACACUGAAGAGAAACCCUAUGUAUGUCAGCAAAGUGGGAAAGCUUUUAAAACACAGGGUGAAUGUAAGAAACAUGAAAAAAUUCACACUGGAGAGAAACCCUAUGUAUGUCAGCAAUGUGGAAAAGGAUUCACCAGAUCUGGACAUUGUAAGCUACAUGAAAGAAUUCACACUGGAGAGAAACCGUAUGUAUGUAAGCAAUGUGGGAAAGCUUUUAACACACGGGGAGGUUGUAAGAGACAUGAAAGAAUUCACACUGGAGAGAAACCAUAUAUAUGUAAGCAAUGUGGGAAAGCUUUUACCACACCUACAAAUUGUAAGGAACAUGAAAGAAUUCACACUGGAGAGAAACCAUAUGUAUGUAAGCAAUGUGGGAAAGCUUUUAACACACGGGGAGGUUGUAAGAGACAUGAAAGAAUUCACACUGGAGAGAAACCCUAUGUAUGUAAGCAAUGUGGGAAAGCUUUUAAAACACAGGGAGAUUGUAAGAAACAUGAAAGAAUUCACACUGGAGAGAAACCCUAUGUAUGUAAGCAAUGUGGGAAAGCUUUUAGCACACGGGGAGAUUGUAAGAGACAUGAAAGAAUUCACACUGGAGAGAAACUCUAUAUAUGUAAGUAAUGUGGGAAAGCUUUUAAAAUGUAGUGAGAUUGUAAGAAAUAUGAAAGAAUGCACACUGUAUGUAAGCAAUGUGGGAAAGUUUUUACCCUACAUGGCCAUUGUAAGCAACAUGAAAGUUCACACUCCAGAUAAAUCUAGUGUAUAUAAGAGUCGUGAGAAUGGUUUGAGCACACGUACAUAUUGCAUAAUGCAUGUAAAU